AUGGCAGCUGUCUCCGUACACUCCGACGAGCAGCUGGAGCUCCUCGAAUGUUCUGAAGAACUAGAAAAUGGAACGAUCAAUGUGAAUAUAAAUAAAGCGUUCACGCCUUGGGAAUACUUAAGUGGAAGUUGCAAUGAGGGAUUUAUUGCAGUAUCUGGACAACUCAACAUAACAUGCAACGCUGCUUACCAAACUAGGGUAUCCGAUACAUGCCGUAAAGUCCUAAAAGCUAUCGCAGUCGGCAAGCCGACCGAACAAUCAUCAACCUAUCUGUGGUAUGAUUCUGGUUUAGCCGUUGAUGGAAAUAGAAGUUCGAACAUUAACGAUAACUCCUGUAGCCAUACAGAUUUAUCUGAUAACAAACCGUGGUGGAGGGUUGAUCUUCUGAAGGUUUAUUACAUCAUAUCUGUUAAGAUGGUCAACCGCGGGAUGGAUCAGUACGGAUAUGAUGUGUCUGAUCGCCUUCGUAACGUUACCAUAACAACCGGUGAAAACGUUUCAAAUAUCUCAACACUGUGUGGUCUCUAUGAUGGUCCAGGGUCCAUUGGUGAGCUGGUCGCUAUUGACUGCCCGCCCUCUACCACUGGACGCUACGUCAAAAUCUCCUUGGUCACCGCUGCAUUGACUCUUUGUGAAGUUGACGUAUUUGCUGUUCCAGUAUAA